GGGCCGAGCCCCCCCAGAAACUGCAGUACCAGAAGCGAUGUGUGACGUGGAGCAUGGUCAUGGUGGAGGGUGAAACCAAGCUCACCGUGGUGCCCCUGGCUGCAGAUUCAGCUCACACAGUUCUGUCAAGAAAAAAGGUUAGAAGAGGAGUUUUUCCCUGGAAAAUGAGGAAAAGUAUGAAGAUCACCUGUUAUUUCUGGCUCAGGGUGGAAAAUAAGAUAAUUCAUGAUACCAAAUUCUAACAACAUCUCCUGGUUUUGAAAGGUCCCGCGUGCACGGACCCCGUGGCCGGAAGCUCCAGGGAUGACCAGCCCCUCCCCGCGCAUCCAGAUCAUCUCCACGGACUCCGCGGUUGCCUCGCCCCAGCGCAUCCAGAUUGUGACAGACCAGCAGACAGGACAGAAGAUCCAGAUUGUCACCGCAGUGGACGCCUCGGGCUCCUCUAAGCAGCAGUUCAUCCUGACCAGCCCCGAUGGCGCUGGCCCUGGGAAGGUGAUCCUGGCUUCCCCAGAGACGCCCAGCCCCAAGCAGCUCAUCUUCACCACCUCAGACAGCCUGGUCCCUGGCAGGAUCCAGAUUGUCACGGAUUCGGCGUCCGUGGAGCGCCUGCUGGGGAAGGCCGAGGUCCAGCGGCCGCAGGUGGUGGAGUACUGUGUGGUCUGCGGCGACAAAGCCUCAGGCCGGCACUAUGGGGCCGUCAGCUGUGAAGGCUGCAAGGGCUUCUUCAAAAGGAGCGUGAGGAAGAACCUGACCUACAGCUGCCGCAGCAGCCAGGACUGCGUAAUCAACAAGCACCACCGCAAUCGCUGCCAGUUCUGCCGGCUAAAGAAGUGCCUGGAGAUGGGCAUGAAGAUGGAGUCUGUGCAAAGCGAACGGAAACCCUUUGACGUUCAGCGGGAAAAGCCAAGCAACUGUGCAGCUUCCACAGAGAAGAUCUACAUCCGGAAGGACCUGCGGAGUCCCCUGAUAGCCACACCCACGUUUGUGGCUGAAAAGGACGGUGCAAGCAGACAGCCAGGUCUCCUGGACCCGGGGAUGCUUGUGAAUAUCCAGCAGCCCCUGAUUCGUGAGGACGGCACGGUGCUCCUGGCCACAGACUCCAAGGCUGAGACAAGCCAGGGAGCCCUGGGCACACUGGCGAACGUUGUAACCUCCCUGGCUAACCUGAGUGAAUCCUUGAACAAUGGCGACACUUCAGACAUCCAGCCGGAGGACCAGUCCGCAAGCGAGAUUACCCGGGCAUUUGACACUUUAGCCAAAGCACUUAACACUGCGGAUGGCACCUCACCCCCUAGCUUGGCAGAUGGGCUGGAUGCCAGCGGAGGAGGUGGCAUCCACGUCAUCAGCAGGGACCAGUCGACACCCAUCAUUGAGGUUGAGGGCCCAUUGCUCUCAGACACACACGUCAUGUUCAAGCUGACAAUGCCUAGCCCGAUGCCUGAGUACCUCAACGUGCACUACAUCUGCGAGUCGGCGUCACGCCUGCUCUUCCUGUCCAUGCACUGGGCGCGCUCCAUCCCAGCCUUCCAGGCACUGGGGCAGGACUGCAACACCAGCCUGGUGCGGGCCUGCUGGAACGAACUCUUCACCCUCGGCUUGGCCCAGUGUGCACAGGUCAUGAGCCUGUCCACCAUCCUGGCUGCCAUCGUCAACCACCUGCAGAACAGCAUCCAGGAAGAUAAGCUGUCGGGUGAGCGUGUGAAGCAGGUCAUGGAGCACAUCUGGAAGCUGCAGGAGUUCUGCAACAGCAUGGCACGGCUGGAGAUAGACGGCUACGAGUACGCAUACCUUAAAGCUAUAGUUCUCUUUAGCCCCGACCACCCAGGUCUGACGGGCACGAGCCAGAUUGAGAAGUUCCAGGAGAAGGCCCAGAUGGAGCUGCAGGACUACGUGCAGAAGACCUACUCUGAGGACACCUACCGAUUGGCCCGAAUCCUUGUCCGCCUGCCGGCGCUCAGGCUGAUGAGCUCCAACAUCACAGAAGAACUCUUUUUUACCGGCCUCAUUGGCAACGUUUCCAUAGACAGCAUAAUCCCUUACAUCCUCAAGAUGGAGACAGCGGAGUACAAUGGCCAGAUAACCGGGGCCAGCCUAUAGGCACUGCGCCCUGCCAGCGGGGGCCUCUCAUACCCCAGAAGACAGUGGUGGUGGAGUCCGGUAUGUGCAGAUGUUCCUAUGUCAGCCACUCCCCACCUGGCUUCUUCUUACUGUAACCCCGGGCAGUCGCGACUAAAGACUAGGAUCCUUUCCUGCCGUGAGAAAUGUUCUCAUGCCUUUUGAUGAAGCAGCCGACUUUGGAACAAUCUUUUAAAUCAAUUUGUAUUUAGAAUUUCUCAAAGGGCAAAAAACAAAAAUGAAGUUUUAUAAUGUCAGAGACUAGUAUUAAAACUAAAAGAACCUAAGAGAACAGUAUGCGUGUAAAUAUAUGUCCUUGGAAUUAAUAGCUACUAAUUACCAGGGUAACAACAUUAGCACUUUCUAAGCACUUCUUAUCAGAAUCUGUGACAUUAGCAGCAUCUUGCCUGGGGGCAGGGAAAAUGGAAAACUGUCUCUACUGAGAUGCUCAGGAUCUCUGGAUACGCGCUAGGCCACAGGAGACAAUCAUGUGUUGAAGGAAGAAGGAAGGAUCAUUCCUAAUCAUGUGCACAUCAUUGUCAGAGUGCGUCAUGCCAUCCAUGGGAGUGUGCUGGCCCAAUGGCCAGGACCCAAACCAGAAGCCACCAGCUACAGGCUGAGACUUGUCACUCUCCUGGCCUGUGACAGCAUCUGCAGACUGCCUGAACCUGGGUUCUGUGCUGAGGACGGGACUCAGGAUCAGAGUGCAGCCUGGCAGACCUUCACCUGACUCCACAGGCACCAGAAACACCAUCACCACUGUGUACAGCAGCUGAGCUCCUGACCCGACAUGCACAGCAGACACUCAGGACCUUGAGGGCCCUUGGAAAGUGUCCGAAUGGCUUCCCGGCACCCUGGAAAAGGGCCUGUGUGUCUGUGAGGCACUAGAACUGUGCGCUUGGACAGAGCUGACCCUCCAUCUUGCCUGACCUGUGUGGCAGGAGGCAUCAGGAUGGUUCCUUGCUUUUUUUUAACACAGGACCCUCCCAGUGUCCCCAUACUGGUCUUCUCUUCCAUAGCCUUUCAAGGUGUUUUCCUCAAUGGAUACGGCAGUGACCCCCGUUCCUGAGGCCAUGCUCACUCUCCUCAAAAAUGACAGUGACCAUGGUUUACAGCAAGAACAGACUCCUGGACUGCACCAGGCAUCCUGGGUUUCUGUCUGGGCUGGAGUAAGAAAGCCCUUCCCGCAGGGUGAGGUUAGUGUCUGUUUGGGCCUGUGGGUCAGAUCUGGCUUUGCAGAGCCCCCAACCAUGUGGUUAUUGGCUCCAGGUACCACAGAGGGUCCCAAGGGUUGCCAGCUGCUGCUGGUCUUGCUGAUGGGAACUACUGAGUGUGCACAGCAUCUCUGGCUCCUCCUGAAUUCCCAUGUGGAUUUCGAGGUGUCAUCACAGGUCGAACCUGGGAGGCAGGUGUUGGGGACAUCAGGUGGCCAGUAUGAAACAAUGAUGUAAUUUGUUUUAGUUUUCUAACCCCAGAGUGUUUUAAAUUUUACAGUUGAAAAGACUGCCUGGGACUGCGGGGUUCAGUGGUUCCCUUUCUCUGCCUGGGAGGGAUUCCAGUUGGGCACUGCCAAGGGCAGUAUGUCCUGUCACCACAGCUCACAGCUGCCCUCAUCAUGCUCCUCAGGGUCCAGUGUGAGCACCUGAGAGGGACAAGGGAUGAGGGCCAUGCAGAGCUCAGGAGCACAGCACUGGAGUGGCUUUGUGUAGGAAGCUGCUGACUCACCAGUGCUGGCCAAUUCCAGGGGCCACGGGAAGACUCCCUGGCCUUGCUGUGCAGUGGCCCCGUCUUUCAGGGUCACAUCACAUGCCCAGUCUUGCUGCUCAAGGUCAUUUCCCACCUCCAACUAUGUGUCCGUCCCUUCCCCAUCUUGUCAGAUGGGUUCAAGUGUCCACCUAGGCUGGGUACCAGCAUAGUCCUUGCCUGGAGUACAUGGGACACCCUGGGCCCAUGAGGAAGGACCAGCCCUCAGUGGGGGAACACGGCUUGGCAGCUGUUUCAGGCACAUGCAGUCACUUCUUGGCCACAUGGCUCUUUCUGGAAGCAUUUCAAACAGUGCUGCAACAGGCAUGAACAGGACAGAGCAGACACAGGAAAAGACCAAACUCCUCUGGCAAUAAUUCUCAAGUUCCUCCUGGAAGGCAUCCAUAGAGGGUUGUCAGUCCUAGUGUCCAACAUGCAUGUACACGGGGGAGCUAGCCUGGCAUGGGGUCUCUGGUUCUUUUGGUUCUAACUUCAGGGUAGGCACCUAUGCUCUGCCCUCGGAGGAUGUCAUCUGGUGUGUUAGUAUUACAGGUGGCGCAGUUAGGAGAUAGCCCCACAUCCAUACUGUAGGCACCCUAGCAGGGGGCCAAGGAUCACAGGCUCAGGUAGUGAGUGCUUCCCUGAGGAGCGUGUCACAAAGCGGCAUCUCUGGGUCCAGUCUUGAGACCUGCUGUCCCGAGUCGCAAAGCUUGCUGUCUGCUUUCUAGUGCCACACCAUGCAGUGGUGUGGCAGGUAGCAUUGGUGCUCCUGCAUCCAGGCACGAAGGGAAUCAUAUGACACCCCUUUGGCCCGCCACUCCCUCUGCCCACCUUGGCGUCUAGAUCAUGUUGCUCUUGGGAAACAUCCAGAGCCAGCCUCCAACCAGGCAAGGCUGGGCCAGAUCUCCACACCUGUGUACAGUGUACAUAGCAUGCAUCUGUGUACAUAGGUGUACAUUAUGUGUACAGCUUCAGCCACCACCUAGCCUCCGCUGUGACAGCUAGAAUAGCUGCUGAGAUACCUGGGUGCAGGUGUCCAGGGGACUGUGAGAAGGGCCAGGACCCAGGAGGAACUCAGGCAUGGUCCAGCUGAGGGUAUUGAUCUGCAUCCUCCAGGUCCCGGGGGCCAAGGCAGGGGACAGUACAGCCCAACAGUCAGGGCUGGGUGGUGGCUUUUACUGCACCAGCUCCUUGCCUGAGUGAAGGGUCUUGGUGAUAGCCAGGGUGGUAGCAUCAGUGCCCAUUGUCCUGGGCCAUCAGACAAACCCAGCUCCUGGCACAGCACCUGCUGGGUGUUGAUCAGGCAUCACCACCACCAGCUCAGUGUAGUGGCCCCGAGUCUACACACCUUAAAUCAAUUCUCCAACUGUGCAUGUGCAAAUGAAACACACUGACUUAAUUUCUUUUUGUAAAUUGGAGUUUGCAUUCUUGGGAUUAAAAACUCCAUUUUAAUAUGGAUACAUUUCCCCUUAAAAGUACAGAUGCCAAUUUUCUUCACCAGAUCUGUCGUGCUUUCUCCCUGUAACCAGCUUUCCACUGAAACUCGGGACCUGCAGAUGGAUAGCGCAGGAGCUCCUAGGAGCCUCAGGUCUGAAUUAAGCUGGCCCAGCUAGAAGCACUUCACACGGCCACACACUCAGUGCCUUUUGUUGAGACAUGGGUUGCCGAACCUUCCCGCGUCCCUGUUCUGAUGUCAUGCAAGCUUCCUCGGAGUCCUGACCCCCACCAUGAUUGCUAGACCUUGCCCAGGCCCCUGCUUAUUGUGACAAUCACACUAAAUAAACUGGCUUUCCAGUCAAUAAGGGGAAGCCUGAUUGUCUCUGAAUGACUUUAAAAUAUCCUUUUGGGGGCUAUAAACUGGGAGCUCAAAACGUAUCUUUGGGGAAAAAAGAAAUGUCAUAUUUUUAAUGCCCAGCUAUACUUUCAUUUAAGAAGGUAGUGAUUUUGGCCUCGAUAUUUACACACAAAAGUCCCCAACACCAUUUACCAAUUGAGAGAGUGCUUUAGCUUAAUGUAGAGGUAACGUCAGCAAGGGGCAGACUGACAGCACACCCGGCUCUUCGUGAAGAAGAAAGGACCCUCCUGUCACUGUCACUUCGUUGGCCAUAGUGUUGCUCAUAGACUCAACACUGCCACCACACAUGACUCAAUGCUGGAAUCUUUUCUACCCUGAAACCAGUGUUCAGCUAGUUUUAUACCCGAAAAGCUGCACCUCUUUCUCAGCACUGCCCGUAGUUCCUGCUAUAUUCUGUAGUUCCUGCUAUAUUCCGGCCCUGUUAACGCAUAGCUGUAUCGCCAGCCCCUUUGAGAUGAUGUCUGUUAAAGGAGAACCGGGUAUUAGGUUUUCUUGGGACCGUUUCUGUAACCUCUGCCCUUCACAAGAUAGAAAAUACUGUUCAUGCCAUUACCUUUUAAUACCAGGUUCCAAACCUGCUGGAAGCUGCGGCUUUACACAGCUUCCAUCCUGUACAAAUCAGCUUUGUUAAGUGAUGGCAUUUAAAAACUAGCAUGUUCUUUAUAAAGUGGAUUUUAUAUCUAAUCAGUGUCUUCAGUCUUGAAGAAUCUGCAUUGUUGUGUUUGUAUAUAGAGUGUCGCAGUGCAUGAGUUAGCUUUAUGCAUUUUAUUAAAUGCUGUUUCGAUGUGGCAUUACUGUUGUGGCUUAAUACUACUACCUACAUGAGGUUUAUACUAUUAAAGUGGAUUAAAGACA